AUGAGACUGCUGCAGUUCGGAUCAAUAGUGGCAUGGUACGUGGUGAAGAGCAAGGAGCAGGGGCUGAAGCUGGAUCUGCUUAAUGUCACCUGGCCGCAGUGGACUGCCUUCUUCGCCCUCGUAUUCAUUGGGCAGGUGCUGAAUAUUUCAGUCUACAACACGCUGAGCACGAACGGGGUAUACUAUGGCACCAAGCUUGGGAAGAAGGUGGCCUGGGUGCGGGGGUUUCCCUUCAACACAGUCAGCCACCCGCAGUAUCUUGGAGCAGUGCUGACAGUCUGGGGCGUUGCCUCUCUCCUGUGGGAUGUCUCACCUCCAGGGCUGUUGAUACUGGCUGGCUACUGGACGGCGCUCUAUGCCAUGACUGCAUUCUGGGAGCAGUUCCUGUAG